AAAAAGAGAGGCCUUUGCUUCUAAACAUCCCCACUUCUAGCUACCCGACAGCUCUGCUCCGUAACAUGCGAAACAGAGAGCUCUCUUCUCCUAUGGCGGUUCUUCCUUAUGCCUCGCCUUUCGUCUUUCUCACCCUCUUUCUUGCUGUCCAUGUCGCUCACUCCCAAUCGUUCAUUGGCGUGAAUUAUGGGCAAGUCGCCGACAACCUCCCACCACCUGCAGCCACCGCGAAGCUUCUCCAAUCCACAUCAAUCCAGAAAGUCCGACUUUACGGAUCCGACCCGGCCAUCAUCAAAGCCCUGGGAAAUACCGGAAUCGGAAUCGUAAUCGGUGCCUCCAACGGUGACAUUCCUGCCCUAGCAUCUGACCCUAAUUUCGCCAAAAGCUGGAUCAACUCAAACGUGAUUCCCUUUUACCCUGCGAGCAAGAUAAUCCUCAUCACCGUUGGUAACGAGGUCUUGACUUUCGGCGAGCGGAGCUUAAUGGAUCAGCUUCUACCGGCUAUACAGAACAUUCAAAACGCGCUCAAUGAUGCUUCACUGGGAGGGAAGAUUAAAGUGUCGACAGUCCACGCCAUGGCGGUGCUCCAGCAGUCUGAGCCUCCGUCCACCGGAAGUUUCGACCCGAGCACCAGUGACUUGAUGAAAGGUCUGUUGGGAUUCUUAAACGCGACUGGUUCGCCGUUUACGAUCAAUCCGUACCCUUACUUCGCCUAUCGGGGAGACCCGAGGCCGGAGACUCUGGCGUUCUGUCUUUUCCAGCCAAACGGAGGGCGAUUCGACCCGAACACGAAGAUCAAUUACAUGAACAUGUUCGAUGCUCAACUGGACGCCGUUCGCUCUGCGUUGAACUCUAUGGGCUUCAAGAACGUCGAGAUUAUGGUAGCCGAGACCGGAUGGCCGUACAAAGGAGAUCCCAAUGAGGUGGGCGCAAGUGUUGAGAAUGCCAAGGCUUAUAACGGUAAUUUGAUUGCUCACCUGAGGUCGAUGGUGGGGACGCCAUUGAUGCCGGGCAAAUCGGUGGAUACAUAUCUUUUUGCACUAUACGAUGAGGAUUUAAAGCCUGGAGCUGGCUCUGAGCGAGCAUUCGGACUUUACAAGACUGAUUUGACCAUGACCUAUGAUGUUGGUCUCUCCAAGACCAGACAGGAUUCGUCUAUGCCAAAAACUCCAGUCAAUCCAGCACCGACUCCGGUCAAUCCUACGCCGACUCCGGCUAAUCCUUCACCGGGGUCGAAGAAAGCAGUGUGGUGUGUGCCAAAGGUAGGAGUCUCAGAUGCCCAAUUGCAGGCAAAUUUGGAUUAUGCUUGUGGACACGGUAUUGACUGUAGUCCAAUCCAACCAGGCGGGGCUUGUUUUGAGCCUAAUACACUGGCUAGCCAUGCUGCUUAUGCCAUGAAUCUCGUUUAUCAAACUGCUGGUCGGAAUCCAUGGAACUGUGACUUCUCACAAACAGCCACCCUUUCAUCAAAAAAUCCCAGCUAUAACAACUGCGUUUACCCUGGUGGCAGUACUUGAGAAGAAGACUUCAUAUUUGCUAAGAAGAAAACAAUAAAAGUGGGACUUCGUUCUAUUUUCUUUUGCUUGCUGACAAAGGCAUCAUGCUGUUCCUAGAAAUCCUAAAUUCUGACUCCUUUAUAUUUAUUUAUAGCAUGUAUAUAUGUGUGUGUGUGUGUGUGUGUUUGCGGCAGAGUGGUCUGUAAUGUUUUGGUGUUGUAAAGAUGGUUGAUUGCAAGAGGUGUAUUUCCUUGAAUCUUCUUUGUAAUUGUAAUGCUUUUGAAUUUUCUUUGUAA